AUGUCAUCACGAUUUGGUCCACGAGCUGCGGGUACCGAUGGAACAGAUUUCAAGCAUCGACAACGAAUUGCGGCACAUUAUCAUUACAGUGCGCAAUAUAAGAUAUACUUGAAAGUGUUGUUUGGUCUUCAUUUCCUAGUGCUGCUGACAAUGUGGGUUAAAGUUGGCGGUGAAGUACUUGUUGAAGACAUUGGCAUACGAUGGCCAUUUUAUCAGACUCUUCAACUACCAAAUGCAUACCCGUGGGAAUAUGUUUGGUGCUUCUCAUUUAUUCCAUUGAUAUUUGCUAUCUUAUCAUUUAAACGAAAUAAGACAAAUUUAUUGCGUAAUCAUUACUAUGGGCAGUUUAUUAUGGGAAUUUUACCGUGUGCAAUAGGAGUUGGUGGACAAUUACCAGAACUUAUCGACUAUUUGCGUGACAUGAGAAAUAGUCAAACACCGACAUUUCGUGGAACUUUUCCUAUGGUUAUUAUUUGGAAAGCAGAUAUUUUAUUUCUCGUAGGUUUUGGUAAAAUAUACAAUUUUGGCGUUGAUAUAGCAGUACAAUGA